AUGUCAGUCUCUUCAUCUGAAGACCAGGAGAGUCACCACAGGCUUAUAGACAAAGAGUAUAGCCCUUUAGACCAAGAAGAGAACUGGAAAGAAGAUGACAAGCACCCUCUAAGACGGAGGAAGUCUAAAUACGAGAAGGUUAUCAAAUAUUCAUCGCUCGCUUGCAAUGUCGCCCUCUCUCUCUUAUGCUUCUGGUUAUGGUCAAGAUCAAGAUCACCAUUACCACCUUGGCCAAACACUCUUUACUCUCCGGCACAAAGUGCAGUAGAGUAUGAGACAGUUAUCUUCAACUCUGAUUUCCCAGAAGACCAUUCGGGAAGGACGGCCUACCACGGUGCAUCUCCCCAAGCGGAAGCGGCGUGGACUAAACUUAUGGACCCGUAUCUAGUGAAGAUCUCAGGCAAGGAAGCGGCAGGACUAUCACGACCCACGUCACAGAUCUCCAAAGACCCAGACUACUAUAUAACCAGCCUAGACGUGUACCAUCAACUACACUGCCUGAACGACAUUCGAAAGAUGGUUAGAGAUUAUAACUCGACAGAAGGCAACUUGGAAAGACUACAAACAAUGCAUAAGUUCCACUGCAUCGACUCAAUCCGACAGAGCCUGAUGUGCAAUGCUGAUUUGAGUACAAUCCAUUGGUAUUGGGCACCCUCUGUUGGAAAGAAUUUCCCUAACGCAACUACUACGCACAUCUGUAGAAAGUGGUCGUUGAUUGAAGAAUGGGCAAUGAAUCAUAGACUUGACCAGGAUAAAUAUGAUCCGAAGACACAUUUUGAAUAG